AUGGGGGAAGUGGAUACCUUCUCCAAAUCCGGAUGGAUGGAGGGGCAGCAAUCAUUUUUCAUCGAAGACAGGGAAGCCGUUUUAUCACUCUCCGCUUUAUCAGAUCGAGCCCUGGAAUCGCAUGGCGAGGGUUAUCUGAUCCGACUCGUGCCGGGCGUGCAGAGCCAGUUGCAGAAUGUGCAAAACGGCCAGCCACUAGCCCCAGAUAAGCGAGAUCUAAACCGGAUACAGAAUAGCCCCUUUUCAACUAAGGUCCUUGACCCGCCUCUAGCCAAUAAUAACCAAUCACGUCGAUGGAAUGCCCAUACCGCCUCCCCGAUUAGGCUUGGCGUGGGUGUCUCGGAGGCUUACCUAAGAGGCUUACAUUAA